CAGGAAGCGUGUUCAUUUUCGUAGUAAGAAAAUAACAAACGGCUUGAAUCAAUGGGGGUGACUUGGUGAGAUUCUAUUGUUUGCUUUUUUAUCAAACUUGUAUCCAACAACAUAUCAAUAGCUAGCUAGCUACAUUACUUAUCACACCUGGUCUUUUACAUGGUCCAAGAUCCCAUGUGGAUCAACAGGAAACAGUACACAACUCAAUGAUCUGUCACCUGGUAUAUUUUUCAUCCAAGCUUCCUAGCAUCUUACAUCACCAUUCAGAUCUGACAUUGUUUCAAUAUGUGAUUUUUGGAAAUCAGUAAGUUAAUGCUGAACAAUAUCUUAAUGUUAUGAACAUUUAUACUCAGUGUGCUGUCUCCCUUGCUUAGUGUGUGUCAGGUGCCUUUGGCAGAGGGAAAGAGUGUGCAGCAGACAAUAGACAUUCUGCACAAGAAGUUGGAGCAGUUGGGCGCUGUGAAGCAGGGAAACUUUACUGUGGACUGUGAGACGUACCAUGCCACAGGAAAUGCCAGCGGUAACUAAAGUUGUACUACUAAGCUAUGACAUAAACAACAUUGUCUUUCAUAUCUUGUCAUGUAAUCCAUUGGACUACAUCCUUCAACUACCCACAAGGCGACAACAACCAUCUUUCUUUUCUCUCUCUAUUUCUCUCUGUUUGUCACAGGCCAGCCAACCAAACUUCUGUAUGUGAUGCAUAACUCAGAAACCCCCCUGAGCUGCUUAGCCCUGUUCGAAGGAGGUCCCUGCCUCACAGCAGAUGGAAACUUUGACGUGCUCAUGAUUAAGCUGAAAAGCCACUUCCAGAACGCCAAGGGGCACAAGGUAGAGAGCCGUGGCUCCCGCUACCGCUAUUGUGAUUUCCUGAUAAAGGUUGGAGCGGUAACAAUGAGCUCCAGCGCGAGGGGCAUUUCAGUAGAGGUGAGUGGUCUGUACACCCAAUUAACACAAUGGAGGGUAAAGGGGAUUUGUCUGAUCUGUGUCACACUUUUUCUAAACUGAUGUCCACGAUCAAAUCUCUUUAUUUGUUUAGGUGGAGUACUGUCCAUGUGUGGUCCCUGGGGACUGCUGGAACCUGAUGAAAGAGUUCAUGCAAAGCUUCCUGGGACCCAGCAUCCCGGAGCUGCCCGCUGUGUUCGCCAACAAACCUGAGGGCCUCUAUGUGCCCGCGGACUGUGUUGACACCAUGACCCAGUACCUGGAGUUGUUCAGCAAAGUGCGCAAACAGCAGGUGCUCCCAGGGACCACACGUUGACGUCUUCAUGGCAGCAGGAAAGUUCUGGAUAAUCUCUGAUAAAGAAGCACCACCAAGAGGGCAGCAGUACUUCCUCCACACCCCAACACAAGCAACACGUCAUCUUAAGCCACACUGUUGUGUAACUUAAAUUGUACUGAGCGUCAGUACAGCAACUCAAACUGAUCAAAGGAUUUCACAACCACUGCAAGGAAUAUAUCAUGCCAAAAAUGAGAUCAAAAUCUUACUGGUUGAAGUCUGAACUCUUGACAGAAUAAUGCUGUGUCCCAAAUGUCUUGUGGAUUAUCCUUGAGAGUAAUCGGUUUAAAGGACAUUCAGUUUAGAUAGUAACGUUGUAUCUGGGCAUUAUGGUCCUACUAAUAGUUGGUUAUUUUUAUUUUAAAAAUUGUCUGACAAAACACUUUUUGUAACACUGUUUUUUUAACUCAAUAAACCUAUGUUUACCUAAA